AUGUCGCCACCAGCACUUGUGAAGAGGACAGACAAGGACUGCUCAAAGAAAGACAACAAGGACUCACAGCUUUGUGCAACUGGAGAGUCCACAUCGGCCUGGGAGGUCUGCUUGGCAGUCAUUUUGCCAGUAUUCUUCAUUGGCGUCAUCUUGGGCUACUUUGUCUGGCGUGCGUACAAGAAAAACAAGAAAGAGGCCUUGGAGGAUGACGACCCAGACUUUAACGGGGAUAACAUCGUUCUCCCGGACAUCAUAGAGGAUAAAGACAGCGAUCAGGGCCGGUAUCGGACGCCAGGUGCGAAUCCGUUUAAAUAUGCGAAUUCUUCGUCUGUCCAGCUUCCACAAAAGGCCGCCACGAACCCGUUUGGUGAUUCCAAGGCUUACGAGGCAGGACAUGACAUGAACCAGAAGGUUCCACCGUCCUACAUGUACAAUCACGCGGAAAAUAUGUCGCAGACGAGUUUUCCACGCACACUGCACAACCACGACCCAGUCGAGUCGAUAGUGCUUCCGUAUGCGGAAGAAACCGUCUCAAAGCGGUCGCUUGAGGAGCUCUCGCGGCAGCUCGGGGGCGAUUACGGUGGGUACAGAGUGCCGGAGCGGAAAUUGGAGAGUGAGAGUGCGUCUGUGAUGCAGUCGAUUGCAUCCAGGUCAAACGUGUCUGGAAACUCGGGAAAGUCGGCAGAUUUGGGUGCUGAUAGUUUGAAUGUGGGUUUAGCCAUGCGGGGCGAGACAGGAAGAGGCAAUCGAGGGGAGAUGGAGGGGCGUAGAAGUGAAGGAGAUGGAAAAGAUGGAGGGAAAGAGAGUGGAGAAGAUGGAAAUGCAGGGGAUACAGAUGAAGGAAAUGAAGAAGAUAGAAUUGAUGCAAAUACAAAAGAUAGAGAAGAUAGAAUUGAUGGAAAUGUAGGAAAUAGAGAAGAUGGAAAUAAAGAAAACACCUCACAUUCAAAAACCACAUCCAGUGCACAAAGAACAACAUACAGCAUCUCAAUUCCAGCCAGAGCCACCGCCAGAGGUCUCGGAAACGUCGCCCCAGCCUUGGAGUCGGCCGAGCAGGACCCCGGUAGCCGGAACAAACCCCCGGCAGCCUACGGGGACCCCCGGCAGGCACACAAGGGCCCCGAUUCGGCACAUUUCGGCUACCCCGACGGCACUGUCGCCCCCACAGCAGAUACUUACACUUCAUCAAGUGGAGAAUACUCUCCUGACAAGUACCACAGCUCAGAUAUAGGUAGCAGUGACGUGGACCGCACAAAUACCAUGCAGUCAAUGUCACAGAUGACGUAUCAAACACCAAAUGAGUCGGUGGAGUCGUCUCCCGACGUUCCGGACGCGGGAAAGCGGGUGCCUUACGUAAGCGUUGAGCAGGAAGGCUACACAAACUGCGAGGAGUCGAGGGAGACCGGCGGGGAGCACGCUGGCGAGGACACCUUUACACCGGAAACUCGCACCUCUGCACCAGAAGACAACACCCUUGCACCGGCUGGCAAGACGGCGAGGGUUCGGAGCCAGAUUGGCCGAAAGCAGUUGAUUGGAGGCAAGGAAACGGAGUCGGAGGCCGGCAAGAAUGCCGAGAAUGCCGAGGAAGAGGAACAGAUCGACCGGAUGAAGUCUGUGUACAAAGUUUACUUUUCACGUGACAGUUCGAUUAUGUCGCGGAAUUCGAGAAGUGAGUAUAAGUUCGAUGCGACAGGCGCGGAUGUUCCGCCAUUGCCGGAGAUAGCGUUUCCGAAUAAGGAAGGCGAGGAGAGUGACGGGGAGUAUGUGAAUUUGGAUUCCAAGAGGAACGUUAAGGGGGACAUUAAUGAAGGCAUUAAUGGGGAAACAGAAGGUGAGAAAUAUGGGAAGGACGAUCAGAAGUAUCAGAAGUAUGAUCAGCAGUCUGUUGGUAAGUAUGAUCAGCAAUAUGAUGAUAAAUAUGAUCAGCAAUCUGAUGAUAAAUCCAAUCAAAACCUUUCCACUAUCGAUGAAACUACCAGCAAUCCUCCCCAAAGACCAGCUCUCACCGUUGACACAAACCCAGAAAACAGAAUGAGCACUGCAAGCUACAGCUCAUCGGUUUAUGUCCCGGCCACAACCCCAAACCCAAACGAGGGGUACUAUCCACAUCAGCAAAUGCAGUACAUGAUGGAACAGCAGCGGCAGGAGCAGAAGAUGCAGGUGAAGAUGAUGCAGCAGCAACAGCAGCAGCAACAGCAACAACAGCAACAACAGCAACAGAUGAUGAUGACGCAGGGAUACGCAUAUGCACCGCAGCAGCAAAUGCAGCAGCAAAUGCAGCAGCAGCAAAUGCAGGCACCAAGAAUCCCACAGAAGAAACUCGAGAAGCUUCCGUCACCACACCAGUUCUCCAACAGAAAUUCUACCCUCGAGACUUUCAUCGAGUUCAACGACAAGCAGAAACUUCCCCAAAAAGGUGUCAUAGCAUCCCCACACAUAAAUCCUAACCUGUCGCAGAUGCCAUGGAGCCAAACGCCGUCAAACCCAUCCCCACACCAGAUUGACGAGUCGAUGUUGAUCCACAGUCCAGUCGAGAUUACCGGAAAGAAGCGUUACAUGCCUCCUGGAAGCUUCGAGAACCAGAUUCGCAAGGCUUCGCCCAACAUGAACCGUUCUGCUUCCCAGUUUUCUCCCCAGAUGGAUGAUUUCCAGCCUGGCCCAGCAUCCGGAUUCCGUCCGCAGGCGGGUAAUGUUGGAAUAUGA